UGUUUCACAUUCACUUCCUCUCCCUCCUGUGGACUGCAGUGAUGCUCGGGUUUGUAGAUUAGAGCCAAGUCCAACUAACUGAUGCUGAACACCUGCACGUGGCGAAGGACUGCCUUCUUUUUCUUUCACGCGCCCGCCAGCCUGCAGAAUCUUCACUCUGCGAGAGGAAGCGCACGAUGAGUUCUUCUUUCCCCAAAAGCGAGUCCACUACUUCCCUGCUGAAAUCCUCGGGGGAGCACAACCGUAAGUCGGGUCCGCAGGAUCACCGGAGUCAGCACCACGUCCAGCACCACCCCACCGGGGGAGAGGAUGGAGCCUGGACCGAGGACUGCGAGAGUGCGCGGAGACCUCUCUGCCAACCGAGACACGCAGAGGUGUCUCGAAGUGGAGGAGACCACCGGGGGCAGAAGAGCCACUCUCACCGGCAGGCGAGCCUCCAGGAUGAAGGGUACGCUCAGGAGGAAGCGAGGCACAGGGCGAGUCGGCUCCAGAAAGAGCGCAGCAAGUCCACCAGGACCAGGCAUCAUCCUCACGACUCCUCCCGAGGUGAGCCGCUUCCCGCAGCGCAGCUCCAGCACGGCUCCCCGCAGGACAGGAGGACCUCUCCGGUUCCGUCUUACCCAAAAGGACAGGACGAUGCGGAUUUCUUCUUCGAGCCCAGAGAGAGGGUGAUCACCGGGUCUUCCUCCAGCCUCAGUUCCGACCCACCUGCGACCAGAGCACCUGCGAAGUCCAGCCGCACAUCCAAGAGAGUCAGCAUAACCGCGUCUGACUCCGUCCUCCAUCCCAUAGUGAAGUCAGUCUUUGGGCAGGACCGAGAGUUGAGGCCCGAAGAAAUGGAUGAGUUGCGUGAGGGUUUUAAGGAGUUUGACAAAGACAAAGAUGGGUUUAUCGGCUGUAAAGACUUGGGGAACUGCAUGAGAACUAUGGGAUACAUGCCAACAGAGAUGGAGCUUAUUGAACUGAGCCAGCAGAUCAACAUGAAUUUGGGGGGACAUGUUGACUUUGAGGACUUCGUUGAACUCAUGGGGCCCAAACUUCUGGCUGAAACCGCAGACAUGAUUGGGGUGAAGGAGCUGAGAGAUGCAUUCAAGGAGUUCGACACUAAUGGUGACGGCCAGAUCAGCACAGCAGAACUCAGAGAAGCAAUGAAAAAACUGUUGGGCCAACAGGUCGGACACAGAGACCUGGAGGACAUCCUACGAGACAUCGACCUCAACGGAGAUGGGCAUGUGGACUUUGAAGAGUUUGUGCGGAUGAUGUCUCGAUGAGGUCCUGACAGAGAAUCGACAUGAACUCUGGUGUGGGAGCACGAGGAAAGAGACCAGCACAGAGCACCAACGGAUCUUGAACUACUGAGCUUUCAAUGGAAACGAAAACAUAUCAACCCCGCCCUGAAACUGCCAUGCUGAAGCACACAGGCUGUUUACCACAGCCAGAAGCAACACUGUUAAUUUCUUAGAAAAUAAUCAAAACCAACAGCUGCAUUUGUAACUUUUACAAAGUUUAUUUAAAAAACACAUUUUCCUUAAAAAUACCAACAUCUUUAAUGCUGACUCAAUGGGUACAACUGGAUGUUUGGACGGGAUGCUCAAACACCGUUUGUUGUAAAAAUCUGUCACUCAGACAUUAUUGUUAAAUAAGAGAUUAACUGCUCCUCCCCCACAUCCCCAUGUCGGUCCUCCCCAGUUCCUGGUGCCUCAAGCUCCUCCCCCACAUCCCCAUGUCGGUCCUCCCCAGUUCCUGGUGCCUCAAGCUCCUCCCCCACAUCCCCAUGUCGGUCCUCCCCAGUUCCUGGUGCCUCAAGCGUCCACCCUACAUCCCCUUGUGGGUCCUCCCCAGUUACAGGUGCCCCAAGAGUAUCCCCCACGUCCCCUUGUGGGUCUCCCCCAGUACCAGGUGCCUGACGCUCCAGUCGAGCGAGGGGCUGACUGGACUGGAGGGGCACUUGGAGCAUCAGUCCAGCGGGGGUCCGACUAGACAUGGGGGGCACUUGGAGCAUCAGUUGACAUGCACUGUGUGUCCAUAUCUGGGUUUGCGGUAGAACAUUAUCUUCACAAUCUGUGUCAUAUUCACCACUACAGCUUGAGGCCUGUACGACGAAGCCGGUUCAACAUAACCUGGAUAUGUUUGAGUUAGCCGGUUGGCCUAAUCCAAAACAUAAGCACUCUCGCUAAGCGGUCCUACGACGCAGGUUAUCAAGUGGAUCGCUCAAGCCAGCCGUGUCCUAUCUAGUUAGGUGCACGUUCACAUGA